ACAAAUUUUAAAUCACUUUGGUAUUGUCUUCUUUUUAACAGAUAGGGCAAGAAAACAAGUUUUGAACGAAGCUAUGAGGCAGUUUAAAGAGAAAACAUGCUUAAGAUUUGUGCCAAAGACCAGACGAGAUAAAGACUACAUAAAAUUCAUUGUUGAUGAGGGAUGUUAUUCAACGGGGGUUGGUAAGAAUGCCGAAGGAGGUGUUCAAUACGUCUCGAUAGGUGAUGGAUGCAACUACAUUGGAACAGUGAUACACGAAAUGAUGCAUGCUAUUGGAUUCUUCCAUGAACAUACACGCCUUGACAGGGACCAGUUUGUUACUAUCAACUGGCAGAAUAUUGAGAGAGGAAGAGAAAGUCAAUUCCAGAAAUACGCUCAUGGUGAAGGAGAUUACCUUGGGGAACCAUACGACUAUGACAGCGUGAUGCACUACCCACGGUAUGGCUUUGGAAUUAAAUUGAAUGGGAAAACAUUACCAACAAUCGUUCCAAAGGAUAAGCCAUGGAGGAAGAUUGGCCAACGGCAAAUGUUCAGUGAUAUUGAUCUUCGACAGAUUAACAAGCUGUACCAGUGCAGGAAGUUUACUUCAAAAUAUUGAAAUUAUGUUAUUGAGAAUCCUUUAUUGAUAUGAGGCAUAUGAAAGGAUCAAACAUUA